GGAAGGCGUAAGGAUAAGAGAAGAAGCGGUGUUCUCAUACUCACUCCCAGCUGAUAAGAAACGUCUAUAUGCUGUUCAGUACAUCCAUCACUGGAUCAUCACAUCUCUCGCGAAGCCGUGUGCUAUGGAAAAAAAAAACAUCUAGCAAUCUGGCAUGAGUGAGGCCCUUGAGCCUGAGCUUGCCACCACAUCGCAGAGGAUCAGUGUCGGUGGAAAGGGGAUCCCGCUGCUGCUGCUCCAUGGCAGUCUUUUCUGUCCCAGGAUCAGAGCCAGAGUCGAUCCUUGUUUCAUGAGUGUAUUCUUGUGACCGCCACAACACCCCUACAUCAAGAACUUCCACGUGGUUCUCACUCCCACCUUCUGGACCUACCACACCGAGAACCGAACCACAAAACCUCAGACAAGAACCAAGAAGCGAACCACUACGUACAACACCACAAUAAGACUAUUAAGAGAAGCACCAAGAUGCGCGUCGUUUUAGCCGCCAGUGUGCUAUUCUCCUCCGCAAGUGGUUUCCUGUUGAGCCAAGGCGUGAAGGAAGCCGUGUCCUUCACACUGAAGGAGAAGGAAGCCGCGAAGCAGGGCUUUGGAUUGCCCGGUUGCGAUAAGGAUACCUAUGUCAGGUACAGGACCCUUAGUAGCUACAGAUAAGAUGGCUAUGUCACCCUCACCAGGUACAGAUAAGAAUUAUACCUAUCAUAAGGACAUUUGUUGGCUGGUCCCCGUUCAGAAUGCUUAUUCGUUCCCAGGUACAUGUACAACUACAGAGUCACAACUUUCAUCAACUACAGGUAUAGAGUCACCUCCUGUCCCAGGUACAACUACAGAGUGACUUUCAUCAACUACAGGUAUAAACUCACGUUUUGUUCUGGUGCCGGUGGAGAAGGUGGAGUCAAAAAGCUGAAAGACGCCUAUUUCAAAACGUUGGAGGCCGAUGUCUCAGAGUGGAAGGCCAAGGGAAACAAAGAGCUUGGCUGGAAGAAGUGGAUGGGGGUACUUCUACUUGAUCAUGUAGCUUGGUGUCUUUCCUGGUCCAAUAUCGCGGAUCCUGUUCUGCUGGAGAGGUUUUGAUAUCAUUUGACAGCACAACUACACCUAGAGAAAACUAAAUUUAGAUUAUUUAGAAAGUUUAGAAGAACAAUAAACAAGUGACAUAUCAGCAGAAUGAUCCACAAGUUCCCUCAAUUUCAUUCCCAGGACACCAUCGUCGAGAACUCGUUCUCGGUUUGCCACAACGAGAUUGGGGCUUUUGCCAAUGGUGAUAGCUGCACCUACGAAUUCAAGAAUGAGGCUGGCGAUGUGAUCCCCACUGAUGCAGCAACGCUGUUUGGUGUCAGCACUUCGUAAUUUGGAGGUCGUUCGUCUCUUCGUACGACAAGAUGAAGUUGUACGACGUGCUGCUUCUUGCUGCAGGUGGGACGAUUGAGCUUCUACUUUGGUGUUGUUGAUCUGGUGUAGGUACGUGGUGGGAUGCGUUGUACUCGAGCGGGAGCGUCUGCGAUAUUGAUGUGCAUGUUGACGGUCGUGGAUAGUGGUUGGGAUGAGGAGGUAGUGGUGAAGGCUCUUUCUGGGGAUGAAGCGGAGUGCAAGGUUUCGUUGAUGGGGAAAGAAGUAGAUCUAAAAUUGGUAGUUGUUCAGAUUGUUAUUUUUCGAAGAAUUACCGUCGUGACAAUAAGCACUUGUUAGCCACAGAUCAUUCGUCAAUUCAAGGUUUCCCGUUCCAGUGAUAGAUUGUACAGAUGCGGUUUCUCUUGACAUUUUCUUUCUGCUUUUUUCCGAUUUUGUAAAUACACUCACACCUUCCAGUUAAUGUAAGUAAUUCCGAGACAAGUACUAGUACUUGUACUACAAGUUCAUCAUCGUUCAUGCUGGUUAAAGUUUCUUUGGCAAAUAUUAUGCAGGUUGAUUCCUUUUUUCAAUAUGUUUCGUUGAUUCCUUUCAGUCGAGAUUGUUACGGACUCUGAGAUUAUGAUUGAAGUGUCAAGAGAAGGAUACAGCUUCCUGGAAAAAAUGACGAUGUCCUCCACAUGAGGCCGGCUGUCGUGUAAGUGGGAAAAUUUGGCGGAUAGCAUGAAGACGGCUGGACAGAGCAUGAGAGAGAUA